GUCUUGAUCUAAAUCAGGAAUUUGAGCACUGGUAGAGUCAGAGUUCCAUAAAUUUCUUCUAGCUUUUCCUACAAAUUAAAGAAGAAAAAUUACGUAAAUAUGGGAAGGGGCAAGAUAACAAUUUCGAGGAUAGAAAACAAAACCACAAGGCAAGUGACUUUUGCGAAACGGCGGGCAGGACUGAUCAAGAAGACUCAUGAGCUUUCUGUGCUAUGUGAUGCCCAGAUUGGCCUUUUCAUUUUCUCAAGCACUGGCAAGAUGUUUCAGUACUGCAGUGAGGCAUCAAGCGUGGAUGAGCUUAUUCAAAGGUACCAGGUUGCUAAAGGGAUUCGAAUACCGCAACACAAUGACACGGAAUAUAUGAAUGCUGAGUUGGGAAAAAUGAGGAGAGAAACUCACCAUCUGGAAUUAAGUUUGCAACGCUACACGGGCGAGGAUCUAAGUUGCAUUCGAUUUGAAGAUCUGGUGGAGCUUGAACACCAACUGGAGGCGUCUGUUAACAAGGUUCGAGCUAGGAAGUUUGAGGUCUUGCAACAGCAGAUAGCCAAUCUUCUUGCGACGACCAAAAGACGGGAGGAAGAAAAUGAGAAACUAUUCCAUCUGAUUAAGGCGCAUCAGGCAGCAGCAUUUGGUCAUGAUCUGCAGGCGCAUAAUGAGGCUCACGAGCAGUUGGAGAAUCUGGAGAUGAUACGGAAAUCUGAGGAGCACCGACACGUGCUCGAUCAAUUCCCAUUUACAGGUGAAGAACAACCAAGCAGUGUACUUCAGCUAGCUACUUUGCAGCCUCAGCCUCAGUUCAACCUUUACCCUCACCAGCCUGCUCAUCAUCAUCCCGGCCUUCUCGAUUUCAACCUCAGCGGCCCCUCUAUAUACGAGUGACAAUUUAUGAGAAGGGAUAGCUAGCUUCUGGCAUGCAUGCAUCAAGGUUAAAAGGGGUGUCUGAAUCCUCUUCGUGCUGGAAUAUUACAAAUAUCUGAACUACUUUUUCAGGGUUUUUGGACUUAUUUAUAAAUAUGACUUAUUAAGAAUAUUAUAUGAUGUGGUUUUCUAGCAAAAGAUGAUGUAGUUUUCAGGCUUUUCUAGCAAAAGAUGAUGUGGUUUUUGUUAAGAUAUGUUUAUAUCAUGAAUAUUGAUGAUGA